AUGUCGCAGCGGCGAGGCAGUGAAGAGGGUUCACCGGGGCCCUCCAGGAAUCAACCGCAGCCUUCUGUAUACCCGCCUCUAAAUACUGGUCUCAUUCCUCGAGAUUACCUAGGCGCGCGAUCCGAGCCUCCUGGAACUCGCCAUAUCUCACCUUCACCUCUGCAUACCAACUCCCUUCCUCAAUCAUAUCGACUCGAAGAAUCCCCCGUUUCUCAAAGUCCGCUUUCUCCACGAUCCAGCGCCAAUCCGUCUCCCUCCCAAAACCGUUCACCUAUAUCUCGUAUUGCCAAUGCGCCGUUCCCGGCACCUCCUUCGAACGCUGCUCACCACCUCAUAUCCCAGUUCCCCGAGAGGAUGAGCGCGGACCAGGUCGACAUGACCGGCAGGCAUGGCGAUGGCAAUAUUGCCAAACCGCCUGGUGUGUCCGAGCCCGAUCGCUCCGCGUCGUCAUCUGUCAGCUCUGUGCUGUCGGCACCCGGGGAGCGUCCAACUCCACGCGCCAUGCCUCGCACCUCGUCGAUUGACUCGGCCAUCUCUUCUUUGUCCUCUACUUCACAGCGAUCGGCCUUCGAUGUCAAAACCUUGAGUCCGGCCGAUAUUAGCAACCUUAUCACCGCUGCUGGCUCCGCGGAAGCAGUGAUUGUGCACCUCCUGAAGGAGAAACACCAAGCUGCAUCGCAGAACUCUCAGUUGUGGAAAUUGGUUGACAAACAGAGGACACUCAUCCUGGGCCUCAACAAGGAUCUGGAUCGCGCGUUUAAAGAAAAGGAAAAAUAUAAAAAGAAACUCAAAGAACUACAGGACUCUGCGCCUCCGGUACCAGCUGUUGAUACCUCGGUCCCGCGAACGAUCUUGGCCGACGCGGAUGCUCGUGCUAGCCAGGCUACAAUUGUCCCGAGUAACGAGCAGAGGGGCGUGGAUCGAGGAUUCGAACAAGCAACGGCUAUUCCCCCGAUUGCGACGUCUGGGCUACCUCGAGGAGGAACCGACGCAAGCCCUCGUUCAGCAGGGAGCCUUUCCUCUCCCAUUGGAUCGGAUUCGCAAAGGCUCCCGCAUCCGAUUCGAAAGCCACCUCCUGCGCCCUUGAACCUCCGACAAGGCGGCCAUCCCCGCGAGGAGAUUGUAGACGCUGAUUCCGACUCCGACUACGAGAAUGGACAGAUCGCGGAGGAGAGAUCGAGCUCGGAGCGCGGAAGGAGAAAAACACGCGAGGAAGAUGACCGGGACCGUGAGACUGCCUUGCAGAAAGAUAUGGGUGCUCACGGUUCCGUGGGUGCAGCCAAGUUUGAGGUCCCGCAUGGCUCACAGGAUGCUGGUGCAUCUGCCAGUGGCAACCCGGUACCUCGUGAGCUAGUUACGAGAUCGCCACCGAACGUCGGCGCAACUGGGUCCCUGGGAUCGGUUUUGAACUCUCGAUCCAACCCCUCCGCCUCGAACGGGCGUUCUAUAGCGUCGAUGCCGAAGAGCCCGGGCCUGCCAUUGAGCCCACGGCCAGAGGAUCGGCCUAUUGGAUCUCCGCUGCCGCGGAUGCCCCGAGAUUUUGCAUCUCAGGCAGGCUAUAGCCUCGGGGGUGUGCCUACAUCUCCAAGAGCUGUAAACUACCCAACCAAUUUCUCAAAUGCAGAUGCUCACCCCAUGAGCGGGAGACCCGGGGGGCCGAUCCCGUCGAUUGAUCCCACGGUCAAAAUUGACAGCCCAAGAUCUCUACGGUUCCCUGAUACCAGCAUCUAUCAAGGACUGGUGUCUGAUGAAUACCCCGGUCUUCUACUCCCCCCGAAUGCUCUGCCGCUUAUCCAGGUCCGAGUAUCCUCCUCGCGACUGCGACCCUCCAGAAAUAGCUAUAUGGCGUCCAAACCAUUGGAUGAGGAACCUGUCUUCACGCUGAGCGUCAUCUCUAGAUCCGAGAUGGCAGAGCUCUGGCGCGUGGAGAAGGUUAUAGCGUCACUCCCUCAGUUGGAUCACCAGAUCCGACAGUUGGCUACCUUUACUGGAAAAUUGCCCGAUCGCAGCAUUUUCAGCGGCCAUUCCCCGGCCAAGGUGGAUUCGCGUCGCGCCGCACUCAACACAUACUUUGACAGCCUUCUGGAUACACCCAUGGAUGAGAGAGCGGCGUUGGUUAUUUGCCAGUUUCUCACCAACGAUGCCAUCGAGCCUCGUGAUGAUGAGACCAGCCUUGUGAAGGGCCCUGGUCAAUCGAAACCGGAUAUGCCCCGAGGACCGGACGGCAAACCUAGGAAGGAAGGUUAUCUAACCAAGCGAGGCAAGAAUUUUGGCGGCUGGAAGGCCCGUUACUUCGUGCUGCAUGGGCCCGAGUUGAAGUACUAUGAGUCUCCUGGUGGCGCUCACAUGGGAACCAUCAAGCUUCUUCAUGCGCAAAUUGGCAAGCAGUCUCAAAACUCCACAAGCCAGAGCAACUCACCUCCCAGCGGUGAAGAGGACUCUGACAAUCAAUACCGCCAUGCGUUCCUUAUCCUAGAACCGAAGAAAAAGGAUUCCUCGGCUCUUGUGCGCCAUGUUCUUUGUGCCGAGAAAGACGAGGAGCGUGAUCAAUGGGUGGAUGCGUUGAUGGAAUACGUGGAGCCGCCUUCUUCGGACACGGAGAGCCGCGGAAAUGCAUCAUUGAAGCAUCAACAGCAGGGUCAACCAAAGGGUGCGGCAUCUAAGUCCAAGGGAUCCAAAGAUGGGAGCAAGCGACCGGGUCGUGGAGUUGAUAGUCCUGACCAGGAAGGUGUGCAAGGUUUUAGUUUCGACGAUACCGUUGCAGCUGAGCCACCUAUCCUCGGUCCUUCUCUCGAACAAGCUCCUCGAUCCCCACGCAUCCCCGGGUCACUGUCCACCGACUUCCGAGACUUCAACCAGUCCCCCGCUGAUCCAGCAUUGCAGUCCCCCAAGAUCAUUUCAGGUCCUACCAACGGUGCGGUAAUCCAUGAUGUGGGGGCCUGGGGCAAUAAGCCAACAACGACAACCACGUCAGUUAAGGAGAAGAAGCGCAGCAUCUGGGGCUUCCGCACAAGAUCCUCGUUCGAUUUGGCUGCGCAGGCUGAGACAUCAGCCGCACCAGUCGAGCGAAGGGAGAAUGUCAAGCCCGUCUUCGGUAUUCCUCUGGCUGAAGCUGUUCAAGAUUGCGGUCCUCAGGGCGUUGAGGCGGAUCUUCCUGCCGUGGUCUAUCGCUGCAUCGAAUACCUGCAUGCAAAGGAUGCUGCAUUGGAAGAAGGCAUCUUCCGUCUGAGCGGCUCUAAUGUUGUGAUCAAGGCAUUGAAAGAGCGGUUCAACAAUGAAGGUGAUGUUGAUUUCUUGACUGGAGAUCAAUAUUACGAUGUGCAUGCUGUCGCAUCUCUCUUCAAACAAUAUUUGCGCGAACUUCCGACGACAGUGUUGACUCGGGAGCUUCAUUUGGACUUCCUUCGCGUUCUCGAACUCGAUGAUAAGCAAAAGAAGCUUCUCGCUUUCAACGCUCUGGUACACCGAUUGCCAAAGCCGAAUCUUUCACUGCUGCGAGCACUGUCGCUCUUCUUGAUUGAGAUUGUCAACAAUUCGGACGUGAACAAGAUGACCGUUCGAAACGUGGGCAUCGUCUUUGCCCCCACUCUCAACAUUCCGGCGCCUGUGUUCUCUAUGUUCCUUACCGACUUUGAUAGCAUCUUUGGCGAUGCCGGUUCCAAUUCGCCGGCCGUGGAGCUGACUGUGGAGCACAGUCUCUCCCCCGAGGAUAUUCGCUCGCCCCGCCACCAGAUGUUCUCGGAUAUACCAACUCCUUCGUAUAAUCAGACAUCCUUCCGUGGCGCCGGAGAUGGCUCAGCCAGUAAUGUUGACAAUUCUCGGGCUCCACACGAGACGGGCUUCAUCCCAAUGCAGCCCUCUUAUGAACAACAGGGCUACAGGAAUGAUGCCUACAACCAGAACCCAGGAGCCCCGAGUCAAUAUCAUUCAUUGAAUGGAAUGUUGAACCCUAACUUGGACGAUACUCGUUCAGCCAAGUCCAAGAGACGGGAAAGCUCCAUGCUUUUUAUGGAGAGCACUCCCGAAGACUUUUCUCUCCACCAGGGCAAUAAAUAA